CCCCUCGUGGUUAUCAAGCGCGAGUGCUGCGGUCCCUUGGAGGCAGCGGGGCGAAAUCCAGGUGGUCGGACCCACGACUGGUCCCAAAGAGCAGGGCCGAUGGACACCUUCAGCACCAAGAGCCUGGCUCUGCAGGCCCAGAAAAAGCUCCUGAGCAAAGUGGCAACCAAGACAACAGUGGCUGUGUUCAUCGACGACACAAGCAGUGAGGUGCUAGAUGAGCUGUACCGUGCCACCAAGGAGUUCACGCGCAGCCGCAAGGAGGCUCAGAAGGUGCUCAAGAACCUGGUCAAGGUGGCCGUGAAGCUGAGCAUCCUGCUCCGAAGCGGCCAGCUGGGCGGGGAGGAGCUGGCGCUCCUACAGCGCUUCCGCCAGAGGGCGCGCCGCCUGGCCAUGAUGGCCAUCAGUUUCCACCAGGUGGACUUCACCUUUGACAGGCGUGUGCUGGCCACUGCCCUCCUCGAGUGCCGGGACUUGCUGCACCAGGCCGUGGGCCCGCACCUGACCACCAAGUCCCACGGCCGCAUCAACCAUGUCUUCAGCCACUUUGCCAACUGCGACUUCCUGGCCACACUCUACGGCCCAGCCGAGCCCUACUGCUCCCACCUGCGCCGGAUCUGUGACGGGCUCACCAGGAUGCUGGACGAGGACAACAUAUGACCGCUGUCUACAGUUUUCCUGCUGGGGGUUGGGGAGUCGUGAGGUGUCCUGCAUAGUGGUUAGAGAUUUAUGUGACUUACGAAGUGAUCACUCCGAGAAGUCCAGUCCCCACGUGGCUCCACCCUGGUCGUCACAGUGCUGUGGCCGUAUUCCCUGCGCUGCAUUUUACACCCGUGACUGCUGGGACCUGCUAGUUUGCACCUCCCUCCCAUCGGCUUUCACACGCAGCCUCCUGCUCCCUCCCGUCAAGAAGCUAUCAGUUUGUUCUCCGUAUCUACGCCCAUUUUGUUUCUUAGACUCCACCUGUAAGUCAUACAGUAUUUGUCUUUUUCCAUCUAAAUUAUUUUACUUAGCAUAAUUCCCCUCUUGGUCCAUCCAUAGCGCUGUAAAUGGUAAGAUUUCAUUCUUUUUUAUGUCUGAGCAGUAUUCCAUUGCAAGUAUCUAUCACAUCUUUAUCUGCUCGUCUCUCAGCGGACACCCAGGCUCCUUCCAUAUCUUGACCGCUGUGAAUAAUGCCGCAGUGAACGUAGGGAGGCACCUAUCUUUUUGAAUUAGUGCUUUUAUUUUCUUUGGCUAAAUACCCAGAAGUGCAGUUGAUGGAUCAUGUGACUGCUCUGAUUUUUUAAAAAAACUUCAUCCAGGGACAUUUUUUCCCAUUGCUUUUAGAGAGAGAGGAAGGGAGAGAAACAUCAAUUUGGUUACCUUCCACAUGCUCCCCAAGACCGGGCAUUGGACCUGCAACCUAGGCACGUGCCCUGACCAGGAAUCGAACCUGCAACCUUUUGGUUACAGGAUGACAUUCCAACAAACUGAGCCACACGGGCCAGGUCUACUUUUAAUUUUUGAGGAAACUCCACACUGUUUACUAUAGUGGCUGCACCGAUGCUCAAUCCCACCCUCGUGCACCGUUGGCGGGGCUUCUCCCCCCACACUCGCGCCAGCGUGUUGCUGGUUGGCGCACUGACAGCCACUCUGACCGGGGAGGGGGUGAGAUCUCACUGCUUUUGAUUCACGUUUCCCCGAUGAGUAGUUGAAGGUGACCAUCCCUAUGUCCUCUUCACUGAAAUGUCUACUUGGGGUCUCUGCCCCUUCUUAAGUUGGACUGGAUGUUGUUAUUGCCCAGUUCUAGGUGUACACCCUUGUGAUUGAUGAUUUCAAUCAUAAAUUUACUGAAGCUUGUUUUGUGGCCUCAUGCUGUGGACUACCCUGGAAAAUGUUCCAUGUGCACUUGGAAAGAAUGUAUAUUUGGCUGCUUUUGGGCAAUAUACCCUAAAAAUAUCAGUUAAGUCCACUAGUCUAAUGAGAUAUUUAAGGCCAGCUUCUUGUUGAUUUUGUCUAGAACAGGGGUGUCAAACUCAUUUUCACUGGGGGCCACAGCAGCCUCAUGGUUGCCUUCAAAGGACUGAAUAUAACUUUACGACUGUGUAAACGUAACUACUUUAACAGUUAAGUGAGAGCUCGGCGCUGUUGCCGGGUAGAAACAAGGUGCCGGUGGAUAAAACAAGGUGGAGGCCGGAAUGGGCCCGCGGGCCUUGCAUUUGCCACCUGCCCUCCAGAAGAUCUGCCCAUUGAUGGCAAUGCGAUGUUAAAAUGCCUGUAACUACUGCAUUACUGUGGAUCUCUCUCUUACGUCCAUCAAUAUUUACUUUAUAUAUUUAGGUACUCCUGCACUGGGCACAUAGAAGUUUACAAGUUAUUUCCUUUUGUUGGAUUGGAUUGAUCCCUUUAUCAUUAUGAAAUGUCCUUUUGUUACAGCCCUUGUUUUUUUUUUAAAGAUUUUAUUUAUUUAUAUUUUUAGAAAGUGGAGAAGGGAGAGAGGAGGAAAGAAACAUUGAUGUGAGAGAAAAACAUCAACUGGUUGCCUCUCGCACAUGCCCCAUCUGGGGACCGAACCCCAAACCCAGGCAUGUAUGUGUCUUGACUGGGAAUUGAACUGGUAACCUUUCGCCUUGCAGGAUGACACCCAACCAACUGAGCCACACCAGUCAGGGCUACAGCCCUUGUUUUAUUUUAUUUAUUUUUAAAAGAAUUAAUUCAUAAUUUAUUUUUAUAGAAAGGGGAAGGGAGUGAGAGAGGGAAAAAUAUCGAUGUGUGGUUGCCUCUCACAUGAUGCCCACGCUGGGGACCAGGCCUGCAACCCAGGCGUGUACCCUGACUGGGAAUCGAACCAGCAACCCUGUGUUCACAGGCCAGCACUCAGUCAGUCCACUGAGCCACACCAGCCAGGUAAAGCCCUUGUUUUAAAGUCUAUUUUUUCUGAUAUCAGUAUUGCUACCUUAGCUUUUGUUUUUUAAUUUCUGUCUGCAUGAAAUCUCUUUCCCAUCCCUUUACUUUUGGUCUGUGUGUAUCCUUUGAUCUAAAGCGAGUCUCUUGUAGACAGCGUGUGUAAGAGUCUUACUUUCUCAACCAUUCAGACACCCUAUGUCUUUCGAACGGAGCAUUUAGUCCACUUACAAGUGAGGUGCAGUCAAACCUCGGCUCUCGAACGUCUCCCAUCUCAAACAGAUCGGCUCCCAACCAAGUUGUUCAUGGAAAAAAUGUCUCAGUUGUUGAACCAGACUUUGGCUCUCUACCCGACAACCCUUUCAUGCUGAUCCCUGGGAAGAAUGAUUCGGUUUUCAAACAAAUCGCUUCUCAAAGAGGCUUCCAGAAUGAAUGAAGUUUGAGAGUGGAGAUUCCACUGUAAUUAUCCAUGGGCAUAUAAUUAUUGCUAUCUAAUUUUCUGAUGGUUUUUGUGGUUCUGUUACUUUAUUCUCUUGCUCUCUUCUUGUGUCGGUGACCCUCUCUAGUGCUGUGUUCGGAUCCCUGUCUAUUUCUUGGACAGCUCUUGGAGAUUUUCAUCUGUGGUUAUUGUGUACUUCACACAUACCAAGCUAUGAUUACAGUGGUCUGUUUUCAGCUGAUGGUUGCUUAAGUUCGAACAAAUUCUAAAAACUACAAUUUUCACUCAACUCCCCCCAUAUUUAUCUUUUUGACAUUAUUUUCUUCUCUUGUGUCUCCCUUAAUUUAUUGCUGUAAUUACACCUAAUCCUACUUUUGCCUUUUAACCUUUGUAUGAACUUUAUAACUGGCUGACCCACUGCUUUUACUGUUUGCCUUUGCUGGUUAGAUAUUUUUCUGUCCUAUAUACAUAUUUUUAAACUUUUAAAAGAUAUAUUUUAUUUAUUUUUUUCAGAGAAGGGAAGGGAGGGAGAGAGGGAAACAUCAAUGUGUGUCUGCCUCCCAUGUACCCCCUACUGGGGACUCAGCUGGCAACCCAGGCGUGUGCCCUGACUGGGAAUCGAACCCAUGACGCCCUGGUUGGCAGGCCACAACCCAUCCACCGAGCCACACCAGCCAGGGAUUCUUUUCUAUAUUUUCUUUUUCAUAUAUAUAUAUUUUUACUUAAGACCCUUUAACAUUUCUUUGAAUACUGGUUUGGUGGUGAUGAACUUCUUUAGCUGUUUCUUGUCUGUGAAGCUCUUUAUCUGUCCUUCAGUUCUACACGAUAGCCUUGCUGGGCAGAGUAGGCUCGGCCAUAGGUCCUUGCUUCUCAUCACUCUGAAUAUUUCGUGUCAACCCCUCUGGCCUGCAAAGUUGCUGUUGAACAGUCAGCUGAGAGCCUUAUGAGAGCUCCCACAUAGAUAACUGCUUUUAGAAUUGUCUUCAACCUUUGGCAUUUUCACUAUGAUGUGUCUUGGUGUGGGCCCUUCUUUGUGACUCUGCUUCCUGGAAUUGUACGUCUGCUUCCUUCACCAUGGUAGGGACAUUUCCCCUCAUAGUUUUUCAGCUCCCCCUCCGCCCCCCACCCCCGUACCUCUGUGCGGCAGAUGUUGGUAUGCCUGAUGUUGUCCCAAAGGCCCCUUAAAGCAACCUCAUUUUUAAAAAUUCUUUUGUUGUUCCAAUUGGGCAUUUUCUCCUACUUUCUUACAAAUCGCUGAUCUGACCCUCUGCCUCAUCUAAUCUGAUAUUGAUUCCCUCUAGGUAUUCAUUUUCGUUUUUGAACUCUGAAUCUGACAGGUUGUCUCCCUUUCUUUUUCUUUAGAUUUUAUUUAUUUAUUUUUAGAGAGAGGAAGGGAGGAAGAGGAGAGAAACAUUAAUGUGUGGUUGCCUUUCAUACACCUCCAACUGGAGACCUGGCCUGCAACCCAGGCACAUGCCCUGACUGGGAAUCAAACUGGUGACCCUUUGGUUUGCAGGCUGGCAGUGAGCCACACUAGCCAGGGUGGUUGUCUCCAUUCCACUUAGUUCCUUUUUUUAAAAAGACUUUAUAUUUAGAAAGGGGGGAGGGGAGAGAGGAAGAGGGAGAGAAACAUUGGUGUGAGAGGGAAACACUGAUUGGUUGCCUCUUAUAAAUGACCUGCCUAGGGACUGAACCUGAAAGCCAAGCAUGUGACCUGACCAGAAAUUAACAUUUCGCUUUGUGGGAAUUCACCAAACCCAGUGAGCCACACUGGUCAGGGCUUCAUGCAGUUCUUUCUCUGGAGUUGUGUCCUGUUCUUUCAUUCAAGGUGUUUGUCUUCUCAACUCGGCUGCCUUCCUGUGAUUGUUCCUGUGUACCAUGUAGCUCUGCUAUGCCUCCUGUGCUUGACAGUGGCCUUAUCCAGCAGUUGUCCUGUGGGGCCCCAUGGUGUCCUUGGCCACCUGAGCUGAAUGCCCUGGGCGGUGUCCCACGUGGGUUGAGUUGUCCUCCUGUUGCAGCUGGGCCUUGACUGCUGCUGCUGUGGGGGGUUGACCUUCAGGCUGAUGUGCUGUGAAGGCUGGUCACAAUACAGCAGGUGAGUUGUAGUGUGAGGGAUGACUUUGUGGGACAGGAGUCACUUUAGCAAGGCUCUGGUGAGGCCAGGCACUGGGUGUUUUUGAUCUCGAGCCUCCUGGGAGGGGCUCCAACACAGGCCAAGUUCAGUGUGACUUAUGCCAGGCCUUGGGGCUCCUUGGUGGGAGCUACAGUGCUCUAUGGUUGGUGGUCACUGGUACCAGACUGGGGCCCUCUGGAGGGCACUACAAUGGACGCCGAGGCCCGCUGCCACUCGUGUCAGGUUUGUGACUGCUUAGUUGGAACUAUUUCCUACUCAAGAGUGGGGCCACCUGAUGGGAGUUAAACUUCAAGUUCAGCCUGGUCAUGGCUUGUGCUGGGCUUGGGGCCUCUUGGCAAUUGCUAUAAUGCACACCAAGGCUAGCCACUGCUUUUCAGGAUUUGUGGACCUUUGAGAAGUCUGUAGCACAAGCCUAGGCCAGCUACCUCUGAUGUGGUUUGUGGAUUUGGGGGGAAAUAUGCAGUGUGAGCUGAGGUAGGCUGUGUGUGUGGAAAAGCUGCUGGAAGCAGCCCCGGGUGGGUGAGCAAGCGGGGUGGGGUGGGGUCUCGGCAUCACCAAGUGGGACGGACGGUGUGAGCCAGGUGAACAGAGCACAGUUUUGGUGCCUUCCUGAGCCAGCCAGUGGGGUCGGGGUCGGCCAGGGCUCCACAAGAGCAUUGGUGUCUGCCCGAACUCCCGUCUCCAGAGCUGUCCCACUCCCUGCCCCAGUAGCCUCAAUGAAAUUAGCCAAUUUAGUUAUUUUCCACGUGUCCCUGAUGCUUUUUGAACAGCGGCCCCAGCUGUGGAUUUUAGUGAGUUUGUGAGCGAGUGAGCCUGUUUUCAAGCCCUUUAGGAAAAGCACCUGAGCCCUGGCUGGUCUGGCUCAGUGGAUUGAGUGCUGGCCUCUGAACCAAUCCCCUCUCUGGACA